AGGAUACAGAGGCUCCUGCGCGACUUAUAAGAGGUCCUUGUGCGGCGCCAUUUUAAGCCUCUCGGUCUGUGGCAGCCGCGUUAGGCCGGCCCCGGGAGCGGAGAGCGAGGGGAGGCGGAGACCGAGGAAGGUCCGAGGAGCAGCUCCGAUCCCCGUCGAGCCGCCACUGCAGGCCGAGGACGGUCGGACUACCGCGGCGGGAGGAGCCUGUUCCCCUGAGGGUCUCUGAAGUACACCAUACUGCGGUUUUGAAAGUCUUGCGUGGACAAUGGCUACCCAAGCUGACUUGAUGGAGCUGGACAUGGCCAUGGAGCCAGACAGAAAAGCGGCUGUUAGUCACUGGCAGCAACAAUCUUACCUGGACUCUGGAAUCCAUUCUGGUGCCACUACCACAGCCCCUUCUCUGAGUGGUAAAGGCAAUCCUGAGGAAGAGGAUGUGGAUACCACCCAAGUCCUGUAUGAGUGGGAGCAGGGAUUUUCUCAGUCCUUCACUCAAGAACAAGUAGCUGAUAUCGAUGGACAGUAUGCAAUGACUCGAGCUCAGAGGGUACGAGCUGCUAUGUUCCCUGAGACAUUAGAUGAGGGCAUGCAGAUCCCAUCGACGCAGUUUGAUGCUGCUCAUCCCACUAAUGUCCAGCGUCUGGCUGAACCAUCACAGAUGCUGAAACAUGCAGUUGUAAAUUUGAUUAACUAUCAAGAUGAUGCAGAACUUGCCACACGUGCAAUCCCUGAAUUGACAAAACUGCUAAAUGAUGAAGACCAGGUGGUGGUUAAUAAGGCUGCAGUUAUGGUCCAUCAGCUUUCUAAAAAGGAAGCUUCCAGACACGCCAUCAUGCGUUCUCCUCAGAUGGUGUCUGCUAUUGUACGCACCAUGCAGAAUACAAAUGAUGUGGAAACGGCUCGCUGUACUGCUGGGACCUUGCACAAUCUUUCCCAUCAUCGUGAGGGCUUGCUGGCCAUGUUUCCGUCUGGGGGCCUUGUUGCCGUGGUGCCGAUGCUUGGUUCACCAGUGGAUUCUGUAUUGUUUUAUGCCAUUACAACUCUCCACAACCUUUUACUGCAUCAGGAAGGAGCUAAAAUGGCAGUGCGUCUAGCUGGCGGGCUGCAGAAAAUGGUUGCCUUGCUCAACAAAACAAAUGUUAAGUUCUUGGCUAUUACAACAGACUGCCUUCAGAUUUUAGCUUAUGGCAAUCAAGAAAGCAAGCUGAUCAUUUUGGCUAGUGGUGGACCUCAAGCUUUAGUGAAUAUAAUGAGGACCUACACCUAUGAGAAACUACUGUGGACCACAAGCAGAGUACUGAAGGUGCUGUCUGUCUGCUCUAGUAAUAAGCCAGCUAUUGUAGAAGCUGGUGGAAUGCAAGCUUUAGGACUUCACCUGACAGAUCCAAGUCAGCGUCUUGUUCAGAAUUGUCUUUGGACUCUGAGGAAUCUUUCAGAUGCUGCAACUAAACAGGAAGGGAUGGAAGGUCUUCUUGGGACCCUUGUUCAGCUUCUGGGCUCAGAUGAUAUAAAUGUGGUCACCUGCGCAGCUGGAAUUCUUUCUAAUCUCACUUGCAAUAAUUACAAGAACAAGAUGAUGGUGUGCCAAGUGGGUGGUAUAGAGGCUCUUGUGCGUACUGUCCUUCGUGCUGGUGACAGGGAGGAUAUCACUGAGCCUGCCAUCUGUGCUCUUCGUCAUCUGACCAGCCGACACCAGGAAGCUGAGAUGGCCCAGAAUGCUGUUCGCCUUCACUAUGGACUGCCAGUUGUGGUUAAACUCCUACAUCCACCAUCCCAUUGGCCUCUGAUCAAGGCUACCGUUGGAUUGAUUCGAAAUCUUGCCCUUUGUCCCGCAAAUCACGCACCUUUGCGUGAGCAGGGUGCCAUUCCACGACUAGUUCAGUUGCUGGUUCGUGCACAUCAGGAUACCCAGCGCCGUACAUCUAUGGGUGGAACACAGCAGCAGUUUGUGGAGGGGGUCCGCAUGGAAGAAAUAGUUGAAGGUUGUACUGGAGCCCUUCACAUCCUAGCUCGGGAUGUUCACAACCGAAUUGUUAUCAGAGGCCUAAAUACCAUUCCAUUGUUUGUGCAGCUGCUUUAUUCUCCCAUUGAAAAUAUCCAAAGAGUAGCUGCAGGAGUCCUCUGUGAACUUGCUCAGGACAAGGAGGCUGCAGAAGCUAUUGAAGCCGAGGGAGCCACAGCUCCCCUGACAGAGUUACUUCAUUCUAGGAAUGAAGGUGUGGCGACAUAUGCAGCUGCUGUUUUGUUCCGAAUGUCUGAGGACAAGCCACAGGAUUAUAAGAAACGGCUCUCGGUCGAGCUGACCAGUUCUCUCUUCAGAACGGAGCCAAUGGCUUGGAAUGAGGCUGCUGAUCUUGGACUUGAUAUCGGUGCCCAGGGAGAACCCCUUGGAUAUCGCCAGGAUGAUCCCAGCUAUCGUUCUUUUCACUCUGGUGGAUACGGCCAGGAUGCCUUGGGUAUGGACCCCAUGAUGGAGCAUGAGAUGGGCGGCCACCACCCUGGUGCUGACUAUCCAGUUGAUGGGCUGCCAGAUCUGGGGCAUGCCCAGGACCUCAUGGAUGGGCUGCCUCCAGGUGACAGCAAUCAGCUGGCCUGGUUUGAUACUGACCUGUAAAUCAUCCUUUAGCUGUAUUGUCUGAACUUGCAUUGUGAUUGGCCUGUAGAGUUGCUGAGAGGGCUCGAGGGGUGGGCUGGUAUCUCAGAAAGUGCCUGACACACUAACCAAGCUGAGUUUCCUAUGGGAACAAUUGAAGUAAACUUUUUGUUCUGGUCCUUUUUGGUCGAGGAGUAACAAUACAAAUGGAUUUUGGGAGUGACUCAAGAAGUGAAGAAUGCACAAGAGUGGAUCACAAGAUGGAAUUUAUCAAACUCUAGCCUUGCUUGUUAAAAUUUUUUUUUAAAUAUCUGUAAUGGUACUGACUUUGCUUGCUUUGAAGUAGCUCUUUAUUUUCUUUUUUUCUUUUUCUUUUUGCAGUAACUGUUAGUUUUUUAAGUCUCUCAUAGUGUUAAGUUAUAGUGAAUACUGCUACAGCAAUUUCUAAUUUUAAAAAAUUGAGUAAUGGUGUAGAACACUAAUUCAUAAUCACUCUAAUUGUAAUCUGAAUAAAGUGUAACAUUGUGUAGCCUUUUUGUAUAAAAUAGACAAAUAGAAAUGGUCCAAUUAGUUUCCUUUUUAAUAUGCUUAAAAUAAGCAGGUGGAUCUAUUUCAUGUUUUUGAUCAAAAACUUUAUUUGGGAUAUGUAUGGGUAGGGUAAAUCAGUAAGAGGUGUUAUUUGGAACCUUGUUUUGGACAGUUUACCAGUUGCCUUUUAUCCCAAAGUUGUUGUAACCUGCGGUGAUACAAUGCUUCAAGAGAAAAUGCGGUUAUAAAAAUGGUUCAGAAUUAAACUUUUAAUUCAUUC